AUGGAUCCUGAUACUCAGCUCGAUAAAUCGUAUUCAGACAUUAUAAUUUCAAGAUACAAGCAACUUCUCGAAAACCAACGUUGCUUUGACUGUAAUAUUAAAAAUCCUCAAUGGUUUUCAACUAUUUUUGGCAUAUUUUUAUGCACUUCUUGUGCUUCUGAUCAUAAAAAACUUCCAAUCCAGACAAAUUUAAAAUCUAUUGAUAUUGACUUAUGGACGCCCAGAGAAUUAUGCUAUAUUGAGUAUGGCGGAAACAAAAAAGCCAGAGACUACUUCAAUAUAAUGAACAAUGAAAAUAAAAUAGACUAUACAUCAAAUAUUGCAACAUCAUGAAAAAAUGAGCUUGCUAAAGAAGUUAAUAGUGUGCAUCCUCUUAAAAUUACCCAAAGUGACAAUACCAAUACAGCUAUAAUCAUUACUAAUAAUAAUGAAGAGAAAAAACAAGACAUCAAGCCAAUCAUCUUUAAGCCAGCGCUGCCACAAAAUACUUCAAAUCAUAAAUUUAAAAAAAUAAAAAAUGAAGAAAUUCAUUCAGAUUUUAUUUUCAAGCCUGUUGUAUUUAAGUCUCAGGAGCAGCAAGAACUAUUUUCUGACCCUCUACCACUAAUAGCUCCAGCAAAACAAAUUAUAGAUUCAAAUGAAAACAUGAUUCAGCCAGUUUGUGUCAAAGCUGAAAAGAAGCAGAUUGAGAAAAAAGCUUUUUCUUCAGAUGAUUUUGAGGAUAAAAGGGAAAAUAAUAGAGGAAAAGAAAGACUCGCGCUAUAUGCAAACGCAAAAGCUAUCAGCAGUGAUAUGAUUUUUAAUGGAAACAAUGGAAACAAAAUAAAGGAGAGCAAAGGAGAAAUUAUGAAGGAAAAAGCUGCACAAGUAGCUCACUCUGUAGCAGAUAAAGCAGAAAAUUUAAAAUUUAAAGCAAUUAAUGCUAUAAAAAAGCUCCAGAAUAAAUUCAAGAAGAGACCUGCAUAUGAAGACAAAUAA